UGUUGUUUGUAUUGUAUUGUUUUGGGUACAUUCUGUCCUGUGACUCCUGUGAAACAGAAAAAUGGCAACGGACCCACUAUUUGGUUGGGAUUUAACAUUUAAGACAGUAGAAAAGGAUGUGCGUAGCAAAUCUGAUGUUUUAAUAGCUUUUAUCCAUUUUAAUAUGAUUAAAAGAGGUUUUAGGAGUAUUGGAAUAGGAGAUGAGCGAACACUUACCGGUGAAGAAGAAAAAAGCGAACUAUUACCAAAUGGCUGGAAUGAUAAGGACAAUUAUACAUUAAGAUACAUUUUGGAGAAUAAACUAUAUAUUCUACAUGGAAUUAACACUGAUGGCAAUAUAAUUAUCAACCUACUGAGAUCAGAAGAUUUAGCCGUAUCCAACUUAGCAAUUAAUAUUGAGGAAGCAGUAAAAGCAACAAGUGGAAAUAUUGAGAAAUUAAUACCUAACCACAAGGAUCUUAUGUUUAACGUAAAAAGAGACCUUAUUGAUCUACUUACUGAAAAACCAACCACUUCUGCUCAAACCCAGACAGCAAGUGAUAACCCUCAUGACAGAAGGCCCGAUAGUGAUCCCUUAAGAGUGCCGCCGAGACCUUUACCAGGUGUGCGUCCAGACAGUCAUGACUUAUGGGAUAUGCCACCUGCUCAACUACCUAAUGUUGGACGAUCAGAUUUGGAUCCCUUUGCACCUGGCGGCGGUGGAAUGAUUUUCAACCCAUUCGGACCUCGAAGAGAUAUUGAAAAUCCUGGAUUAGGUGUACCGGGCGGGCUACCAAGAGGAGCGGUUCCACCGGGAGCACGAUUCGACCCGUUCGCACCACCUGGCGUCGGUCCUAUGCCAGGGCGCCGGCCGCCGCCUCCCGACGCCGAUCAUUUUCCGCCGCCCGGCUUCAACGAUAAUAUGUUUAUGUGAUUUUGUGUAAAAAAUAUAUAAAUGUUGCUUAGCAUUCAACACCGCGAACGUAUUGAAAUAUAAAAUGCUGUGAUUGAAAGUUAGCAAUCAUAUGUGACCUUAUAUAUUAUAUGUAAAAUAUAUAUUCUUGUAACUGGUUCUUAUAAAUUUGUGCAUGUGUAAAGGAAUCCUCAUCUUUGCUUAGCACACAACACCGCUUAAGUAAUUUUGACUUACUUUACAGGUGACUGAAAAAGUUGUAUAUUUUAUCGAAUUGUAGAGUUUUUAAGCUCUAAUUAGUAAUAGUUACUCUAUUUAUUGAUUACAAAUAAUUUAAUGGGCUUGUUAUAUCAUUUUAAUUGAUAUUCAAUUAUUAAGCGGUGUUGCGCAAAAUUAAACUAGACAUAGGCCACGUUAUUUAAGUAAAUACAGAGAAAAUAAAGUAAUUAAAAAUCGAUUGAAAUUAAAGUUUAUUUAUU